UGUGUGUGUGUGUGUGUGUGUGUGUCAGGGCUGCGGAGUUGAUGACGAGGACGGGUGCAGUGGUGACUCUGGAGGUGGCGAAGCAGGGAGCGAUCUACCACGGUCUGGCAACGCUCCUGAACCAGCCGAGCCCCUUGCUGCCCCGAGCUGCAGACCGAGGGCGUGAUAAGAACGGAAAGCUGCGACCAAAGAGCGAGGGCUUCGAGCUUUACAACAACUCGGUGCAGAACGGCUCUCCGGAGAGUCCGCAGGCCGGCUGGGACUCGUACCCCGAACCAAAGAAGACCAACGAAGACCGGCUGCUCAAGAACCGAGCCGACCACCGGUCCAGCCCCAACGUAGCCAGUAAGACCCUCUACUCACAAAGACUUUCUUAA